AUGGAUCCUUUCCGGGCGCUGCCCCUGCUGCAGCUGCAGCAGCAAGAAGCAAUUCAGUGUUUAGCAGCAUUUCAGUCGGGGGUUUUCGUGGGAUGCGAAAAGGGUUUAGUGCUGCGGGUAGCGCUUGGGCCCUUGGAGGAGGAUGCAGUGGAGGGUUUUGGGUUUGAGGCGGGCAUUCAGGCCACAGCCACCGUCACCGCCAAGCUGCAGCUUCCCACCAAAAAGCCUGUGCAGUCCGUGGCGCUAAUUGAACGCAUUUCCGUUGUAGUGGCUGUCUCAGACGGCUACGUGUACCUUCUGCCUUUUUCUCUGGACUCUCCCGGCCAUGUGUUAACAAAAGGGGCCUCUUGCGCCGCCGUUGCUGCAGCAGAAACCCUCGAGGGUUUGGCUGCGGUGUAUGUGGGGUUUAAGGGUUUGGUCCGGGUGUACGUACACCGCAGCGUGGACUUCGUCUUGGCCAAAGAAGUUCCUUUAAAUCCAAUUAAAGAUAUUUUCCAGAUCUUUUCUUUCAACAACAAACUUCUUCUCGCCACCCACCACGAAUACCUCGUCCUCGACCCCGAAACCAACGCGGCGCAAGACCUGUUUGGGCUGAAAGUGCCAAACCCUAAUUUAGCGAGUUCCUGCUGCUUCCUCUUUUGCCCCCUGGGGGCCUCUGAGCUGCUGCUGCGGGGAGACCAGGGCCUUUUGAUUUCCAUUUGUCUCCAAACUUUGCUGCCAGCAAACCGCAGCACUUUGCUGCUGCCCAAAGACACUGCUGCAGCAGCGGCCUCGGGCCCCUACCUCGUGGCCCUCGAAAGGGGCGGCCGCGUCUGGGCCAGCAACUGGAGCAGCCCGGCGCUGCUGCUGCUGCAGCAAGUGUGUCUUGCUGCACCAAUUGUUGCUGCUGCUCCCCUUCUUACGAAGCAGCAGCAGCAGCAGCAGCAGCAGCAGCAGCACAAAAACCCUAUUAUUGUUGCUGCUGCCAACACGCUCCAGGUGCUGCUGCCCGUGCCUUUCAAACACCAGCUCUGGAAACUGCUUAUGGCCGGCCGCGUCGCCGAUGCGCUGGAUCAGCUCAACGCUAACUUCCCCGUAAACGACCCCAGACGCGCGGAGGAGCUGGGCCAAUUCCACCUGCUGGCCGGCUGGAGCCGUUUCAGCUCUUUGAAUUUCUCUGCAGCUUUUCAGCACUUUGCACAUGCGCCCCUGGACCUGGGUCAUUUGCUUGCUUUCUGGCGGCGAGUGUGGCCCUCGUGGCUGCAAAUGCCUUUGCUGGAAGAGACCAAAGAACUCUUCGCCUCCACGCCGCCUUCCCUGGUGCCUCCCCCACGCGGACUGGCUGAGUUCGGUAGGAUUGCCAACAGCGCCCUUUGCUCUUUCCUGCUGAAGCAGAGGCAGCUGCUGCGCUCGGACUACAACGGUUACUGCAAGUUCAGCAUCAGCAGCAGCAGCAGCAGCAGCAGCAAAAGCAGCAGCAUUGCUGCUGCUGCUGCUGCUGCUGGGGCCUCUGAAGACAGGCAAAAGCAGCUUUUGCUUCUGGAGGCCAUUGACACGAUUCUUCUCAAGCUCCUCGUAGAAGCAGAUGACCCUCGGUGGCAGCAGCUGCUGCUUCCUCCGGAAGCUCUGCAGCAGCAGCAGCAGCAGCAGCAGCAGCAGCAGCAGCGAGAGGAGCAGUUCCUGGGGUGCACUUGCAACUCUGCAGGCUCUCCGGCAAAGGCAGAAACCGCAUUGUCCCCUUCGGAUCAGAUGCUGCUGAUUCUGCAGCAGGUGGUGCAGCAGCAGCAGCAGCAGCAGCAACAGCAGGAGCAACAGCAGCAACAGCAGGAGCAGCAGCAGCAGCAGCAACAGCAGCAGGCAGCGUUGCUGCGGCGCUUUGCUCCUCUCGUGCUGCUUGAGAAUCCAAGGAAGACGAUAGAGCUUUUCAUGCAGAAGAGCUGCAGCCCGCUGCCUGCUGCUGAGGUGCUGCAGCUGCUGCAGCAGCUCCCGCCGCAGCAGAAGCAGCUGCAGCAGCAGCUGCGGGAGCUCUACCUGGAGCAUUUGCUGCUGCAGGGUUUGCUGCACGACCCUCAAAUAGAAACGGAGUUAGCCUCCAUCUACAUUGAUCGAGCGCUGGCAGCAGCAGCAGCAGCCGCAGCAGCGCCAGCAGCCGUGCCAGCAACAGGGACAGCAGCAGCAGCAGCAGCAGCAGCAACACCCGCAGCAGCGACAGCAGCAGCAGCAGCAGCAGAAGAGCAGCGCAGUCAGCUACGGCGAUUCCUGGAGCAGCAGAGCAGCUACGAUGUCCAGAGCCUUCUUAAGAAAGUGGCAGGCUCGGAGUUGGUAGAGGAAAAGGCCAUACUGCACGGGAAAGCGGGAGAACACGAGUCGGCGUUGCUUUGCUUUGUGAAAGAAAGAAAAGACAUUGCAGCAGCAGAACGCUACUGUGCUGCAGCAGAGCAGCAGCUGCUGCCGCUGCUGCUGCAGCUGCAGCAAACCGAGUAUGAAGAGAUGAAAAAAAACGAAGAGCUGUGGCGAAUCCCAAUUGCAAAGGCGCAGCAGCAGCAGCGGCAGCAGCAAGAGCAGCAGCAGCAAGAGCAGCAGCAGCAAGAGCAGCAGCAGCAACAGCAGCAGCAGCAACAGAAGCAGCAACAGCAGCAGCAGGUCUACGCAGCCAACAAGCGCUCUUGCGGGCUGCUGCUUUUGUUGCUCAAGGUCUUGCUUAAUUGCUGGAGGGAAGCCUCAGCCGACGCAACAGCAACAGCAGCAGCAACAGCAGCAGCAACACCAGGAGCAACACCAGCAGCAGCAACAGCAACAGCAGCAGCAACAGCAGCAUCUGCCGCAGCGCCGACAGAUGAAGGCUUAGGCAAGGCAACUUUGGCGGGAGAGGGGGCAGCAGCAGCAACAGCAGCCAGCGCUGCUGCCCCAGCAGCAGCAGCAGCAGCAGCAGCGCCUACAGCAGCAGCAGCAGCAGCGCCUGCAGCAGCAACAGCAGCAGACUUUUACUUGCAGAACGCUUUGCUGCUGCUGCAGCGGCAUGCAGGCGCGCCGUGUCUCUCGCUGCGCUCUGUGUUUGGGCUGCUGCCGGGGGGUUUGCUGCUGCAGCAGCUGUCUCCCUUCAUUCGUGUGUCGCUGCAGCAGCAGCAAAACGCAGCAGCAGCAGCAGCAGUUCACGAGAAGCUCUGCAGCGCAGACUACCUCACUGUCUACACGCAGGCAGCAGCAGAAAAAAGCAAGUGGAUCGAGAUCACCCAGGAAACGUAA